CAUCUGUUUUCUGAGCACAUCCUAUCCUGCUCUGGUGGCCCCAUCAAAUAAAUCAGCCACAGAUUUCUUUCAGCUCAGGAGACCGCCUUUUGUUAUAUUUACAUUAUUCGCUGCACUAUAUAUAGGAUUACACUUACACGUCCACGAGGUCUGAUGCAAAGAAGGAAUGAGCAAUGGCAGUGAGUUCGUAAUAUCCUCUUUCUUAUCUCCAAGACAGCCCACACGGGGAUGACAUGAAAUCACUGACCGGAAGAUUACCCUCCGCUCUAUCCUAAGCCCUUCCUUCAUUAUUGGUUUCCACACUGCAUGCUUAGAAGAAUGGUUUUUUGCUUAUGCACAUAUUUCUUAAUCAUAACAGUCACCUUUGAAGGCCUUCAAUCAGAGGCUGGAUGGCCACCUGUCGGGAAGGCUUGGGUUGUCCCUUCCUCCCAACAGAAAGGGGUUGGACAGGGUGGCCCUUGAGAUCUUUCCCUCUCACUCUCUCAGCCAAGAUUGAUUGGAAGCUGAAGGAGAAUGGCAUUGCCCACCACACCGACCACUACAGCGGGAACGAGCUGGUGGUGCGCCGGGGCCAGCCCUUCGCCAUCUCCUUGUCCUUCGAUGGAGCCCCCCAAGAGGCAGGCACACUGACCUUCACAGUGAAAACCGGGUCGACAGCUGAUCUUCAGAGCAGGUCACGGGUGGCCUUCGGCGUCUCGGGAUCUAUGGCCAGCAACUCCUGGGCUGCGGUCCAGACCUUCCCUGCCCCUGGCACCAUGACCUUCUUUAUCUCCAGCCCGGUGAACGCGGCCAUUGGGCGCUACAGUCUGGACGUCCGGACCGGCUCUGGAGGCAGUGGUUCCUCUUCUGUGCACCUGGGAACCUUCGUGCUCCUCUUCAACCCCUGGCUCCAAGCGGACGAGGUCUUCAUGCCAAACAACAGGGACCUCGAGGAGUAUGUCCUUUCCGAGUCCGGGGCUGUCUUCUUGGGCAGUUACUACAGCAUUAGCCAGAUGGGAUGGAACUUUGGCCAGUUCCAGGAGGGCAUUCUGGACGCAUGCCUGUCCAUCCUGGACCGGAGCUUAGAACACCGCAAUGACCCGGUCACUGACCUGCGUCUCCGCAAUGACCCCAAAUACGUUGGGCGGGUGCUCAGCGCCAUGGUUAACAGCAAUGAUGACAAAGGCGUGUUGAUGGGAAACUGGAGUGGCAAUUACUCCGGUGGGGAGAAUCCCGGCAGCUGGUCAGGAAGUGUGAAGAUCCUCCAACAAUGGAAGUCCUCUGGAUUUCGGCCGGUCCGGUAUGGGCAGUGCUGGGUCUUUGCAGGAGUGCUGACCACAGUGCUCCGGUGCCUCGGUUUCCCUGCUCGCAUGAUCACCAACUUCAACUCAGCCCAUGACACCAACACGAACUUGAGGGUGGACAAGUACUACAGCCCAGAUGGGAGCUAUCUCGAAUAUCGUACUAAUGACAGUGUCUGGAACUUCCAUGUGUGGAAUGAGGCCUGGUUCACUCGGUCUGACCUGGGCGCCAAGUACAAUGGCUGGCAAAUUUUGGAUGCGACUCCGCAAGAACUAAGCUCCAACAUCUUCCAGUGCGGCCCGGCUUCCUUGGUGGCCAUCAAGGAGGGAGAUGUGGACCUGGGAUACGACUGCCCUUUCGUCUUUGCCGAGGUCAAUGCUGACGAGGUCACUUGGAUUCUGGACAAAGACACCCAGUCGGUGAAGAAGGCUGCCACAGACAUCAGGUCCGUGGGCAAGUACUUAAGCACCAAGGCCGUGGGCAGCUUCGCUCGACUUGAUGUCACCGACGCUUACAAGUACUCAGAAGGCAGCAGCGAGGAGCGGGAGACCUUCCAAAAGGCCCGGGAUAAGCUGAACAUGAACUUAAUGGCCAUGCCCUCCAUGGCCGGGCCUGCCAUGGCCAUGCCCGGAAUGACCAUAUCCACCAUAGCCAUGCCUGUCAUGGACAUUCCUGCCCUGCUUCCGGACCCUCCCAAGCCCAGAGUGACAGGGAAGUUUGAGGUAAAGAGCCGUCCUGAGGUCGGCCAGGACGUGGAGCUGGUCCUACAGCUGACCAACCUGGCCUCUGCAGCCAGUACCCUGACGGCCAACAUGAAUGCCUGGACCAUCGUCUACACCGGGAAACCCAUCCGUGAGGUCUGGAAGGACUCCCUUGCCCUGACGCUGGGCCCCCAAGAAGAGAAAGCCUUUCCCAUCAAGAUCUCUUAUGCGGACUACCAAAAGCACCUGACGACAGACAAUGUAAUCCGGGCGACAGCUGUGUGUCAGGUCAAGGAGGGGGCUGACACCGUGGUGUUGAAGAACAUCUCCCUGGAGAACCCCACCGUCACCUUGAAGAUGCCAAACCAAGCAAAGGUGGGCGAAGUGCUGAAGGUAGAGAUGGUCUUCACCAACCCACUAGCAGAAGAGAUCUCCUCUUGUUUGCUCCUGGCCGAGGGGAGUGACCUGCUGCAGGAUGAGAUCAGGAAGGAGGUCCCACCAGUGAAAGGCAAAGAGACUGUCCGUGUCUGCUUCGAAGUCACUCCCAAGAAGAAGGGCGCCAAGCAGCUGCUAGCCAACUUCUCCUGCGACAAAUUCAAGGAUAUCAAGGCCUUCCAGGUCAUCACGGUCGUCGACUGAUCCUGGAUCCUGAAGAGACCCCUCCCCAAAUAGAGGCACCCCCAAAAGAGAUGGAACAAACCCCAAUGCAAGAGAUUGGGUGGCUCAGGGAGAGGUGUAUGUCAAUUAUCUGUAUGGCCUUGCUUUAAUACAAGUGUUCUUGCCGCAA